GGGGCGCGGGGGCGGGGGGCAAGGCCCGGGCACGUGACUCCCCCGCCCCCCCGCCCGGCACCUGACCCAGGCGGGCCGGCGGGGCCCCGGCACACCCGGGCCGCGUCCCCGAGCACGGCCCAUGGCGUCCCCACGCCUGGGGAUCUUCUGCUGCCCCACGCGGGACGCCGCCACGCAGCUGGUGCUGGGCUUCCAGCCGCGGGCCUUCCACGCGCUGUGUCUGGGCGCCGGCGCGUGCCGCCUGGCCCUGGGCCUCCUGCAAGUGCUGCCCGGGCGGCGGCCCGCGGGCCCCGGAGCCACGGCCCCGGCCCCGCCGGUCUCGGCGCGCGCCCCGGCCUCCGUCCGCAUCCUGCGCGCCGCCGCCGCCUGCGACCUGCUCGGCUGCCUGGGGAUCGUCUUCCGGUCUGCCGUGUGGCUGGGGUUCCCAGGCUUCGUCGAGGGCCUCUCCGACGUGAAGGGGACGGACCUUUGGCCCGCCGCGUACUGUGUGGGCACUGCAAUGUGGGUCCAGCUGCUGUACAGUGCCUGCUUCUGGUGGCUGUUUUGCUACGCCCUUGACGCCUAUCUGGUGGUCCGGAGAUCAGCAGGGCAGAGCACCAUCCUGCUGUAUCACAUCAUGGCCUGGGGCCUGGCCGUCCUGCUCUGCGUGGAGGGAGCGGUCAUGCUCUACUACCCUUCCGUGUCCAGGUGCGAACGGGACCUGGAGCACGCCGUCCCCCACUAUGUCACCACGUACUUGCCGCUGCUGCUCGUCCUUGGGGCCAGCCCCAUCCUGUUCCGGAAGACCGUGACUGCAGUGGCCUCUCUACUAAAAGGAAGAAAAGGCAUUUACACCGAGAACGAGAGGCGGAUGGGAACCGCGAUCAAGAUUCGAUUUUUCAAAAUAAUGCUGGUGUUGAUCAUUUGCUGGAUACCAAACAUCAUCAAUGAAAGCCUUUUAUUCUAUCUCGAGAUGCAACCGGAUAUCAACGGGAGCUUUUUGAGGCCCAUCAGAAAUGCGGCCAAGACCACAUGGUUUAUUAUGGGGCUCCUGAACCCAGCCCAGGGGUUUCUCUUGUCAUUGGUCUUCUACGGCUGGACGGGAUGCAGCCUGGACUUGCAGCGCCCCGAGAAGGAGAUUCGGUGGCAGUCCUUGGGAACCUCCCUGUCCCCAGAUGUCUCCGGUGAGCCGCGGGAGAGCCCCGUCUCCAGGAAGCCGGUGCGUGUCGGCGGGCAGGCGUCCGAUGAGACCCUGAGCCUCUUGUCUGAAGGUUCCGACGCCAGCACAGCUGAAAUCCACGUCACAAGUGGGUCCCGCCACGGAAAUGAGGUUGCAUCGGUUCCCAACCCUCAGGGAGACCUCUGAGACGGGAUGUGGGCCCAGGCCUCAAACCUCAGCUUCUGCGUUUCUCACUCUCUAGAACUGUGUUCUUCCCCUAAACCUUCAUGUCACCACCGUGUUACGGUUCCUUCCUGAGGACUAUUGGUGGUAAGAGACCCCAUCUGGGAGCACAACCUCGGGAACAGAGAGAGAAUUCCUUCCAGACCAGACACACACCAGCCUCGUCAGAUGCUUAGUGGCUCGUGGUGUCUCUGAGGUCGGCUGUAACGUAAGUGCGAGAUCCAGGUCCUUAGACGAGUUAAUAAAGUUGUUGUAAGUGGGCCCCCA